CCACCAUGUGGUUGCUGGGAUUUGAACUCAGGACCUUCAGAAGAGCAGCCAGUGCUCUUAAUCACUGAGCCAUCUUUCCAGCUCUCACUUAUUUAUAAGCACAAUUAACAUAAUUUGGUGUUGAAUGUGUACUGUUUUCCAUGGCAUCAUUGAACAAACUCAAGACUGUUCUACUAAUAAAGAAGAGCUCUGUUAAUAACAGCUUAGCUUUUAUUAUUCCUGUUUGAGGAAUAUGAAUACUCAACUAGAGAAAAAAGUUGUUACAAUUUGUGGAAUGAUUACCUACCUGAAACCAAACUAGAAUUUAUCUAAAUACAUGCCAGAGAUUUAGCAGCCAUAUGCACCCAAUAAAGAAAAUAGGCUACAUUUUUUUUUAUUUAGAAUAUUAUAUACUACAGAAUAAUUAAGUUUGGAAAAUGCUGAGUUGAAUUGCCUCUUCAGUCUACAGUGGAAGAGGCUAUUUAUUUUGAAACUCGAGCAGUCUGCAUCUGGAAAUAGGACUAGAGGUCUGGAGUUUGGAAGAUUUUUAGGCAGGAUAUAUAGGUGAGUUUUCACCCUAUAGAUGGUAAAUGAAAGUUGGAAAAACCCGACACACCCAGAAAGAAUGCAUAGUGUGAACAAGAAAUGACAUGAAAUCCUGAAGGGAAGUACUGUUUAAAGAAAAAGACUGUAUGAAGAGAGGUAGAAGGGAAAUUGCUUCAGCACGCUAACUGGGAAGUAAGGAAAGGAUUAACAGUCUGGCAGGAGUUAGUAAUUCCAGUGAUACAGCGGCGCUGAUGAGCUGGAGGAGGGAAGAGUAACACCUAGGUGAUGCCUGUGACAGACAGGAAUUAUUUAACUUCUUACCGCUAAGAGAAACAAAGAAAGCAAUUAAAGAGUUUUUUUUGGGGGGGGGAAUACAUUGAAUAAGCGCAGUUAUAAUUAAAUUGGCAUGUUUUGUUUUUUCUUUCUCUUAUUUUUGUUAUAAACUUUGCUUGAUGAAAUGUUGAGAGUGUGUCUGUAAUCCCUCUUAUUAUUUGGUAGAUUCUGCCUCUCUACCCUUAAAAUUAGCAGUGUCACUCACUUCCUAAGCUUCCUAAAUGACAAAAUCCAUUGACAAGCACAUAAUUGGCCCAAUUCCCAUUUGGUUUCAUUUCUCAGAACUUUAUAGCAUUUCAUCACAAUCCAUUAAUAUUAGGAAUUCUGAACAUGUUUUGUCAAUUCAUAUGCUGUUACCAUAGAAAUGAAUGUCUGUCUCUCUUAUCUCUCUCUCUGUGUGUGUGUGUGUCUCUCUCUCUGUCUCUCUCUCUCUCUCAUUCUUUUACUAAUUUAUCUAGCCUAGCCCUUUCCUAUGCGAAUAAUCUUCUCUGUGCUACCAUUUUCCUUGUAUUGAUCCCAUAAUAUGAAAUGAUCCAGUAUUUUCCUGAUACACUUGCUGUAUAUUUUAGUUAAGCCUUUGAUAAUUGAUUAUGACCAUAUAGAAGAGAGCUGGACUGCCCAUUAUGGAGGAAGAGGUACAGCAGCACUCACACUGUAUGAAUUGUGUCAGUAGAAGGUGUAUGACCAGACCAGAGCCUGGGGUUUCCUGUGACUUGAUUGGUUGUCCAUUGGUUUGUGGAGCAGUUUUCCAUUCAUGUAAAGCUGAUGAGCAUCGACUCUUAUGUCCCUUUGAACGAGUAGCUUGCUUAAAUAGUAACUUUGGAUGUCCAUUUACCCUGGCACGAAAUAAAGUUGCUGAACAUCUAGAAAUGUGUCCUGCAAGUGUGGUGUGCUGUACUAUGGAAUGGAACCGAUGGCCCGUUAGUUAUUCAGACCGGAAAUCGUAUGAAAGUCUAAGCAGAGAUGUUGAUGAAGUGGCGCAGUUAGACAUGGCUUUGGCUCUUCAAGAUCAGAGAAUGCUUCUGGAAUCUCUUAAAGUAGCCACCAUGAUGUCAAAAACAACUGAUAAAAUGUCUGAACCUAGAGAACAAAUCUCACUGAAGUCAAGUGUUCAGGAAAUACCACGUCCUAACGGGUUGGUAUCCGUCGAUGAAGAAUCAUAUGGUGCACUUUAUCAAGCUACUGUAGAAACAACCCGAAGUUUGGCUGCUGCUUUAGAUAUCCUAAAUUCUGCCACAAGAGACAUUGGCAUGUUAAAUACAAGUCUCCAUGCUACCACAAAUGAAAUGGAUGAGGAGAAAAACAGAGAAAGCUUCCAGGACAGAAACUUGAAAGACCAGGACCACCUUGAUGAGGGUGAGAUAGGGGCAGCAGGUGGGGUUGAUUACAGUGGCACAAGUCAGGGUGCUCAGGCUGGACAGAAUGGCUCAAGUGAUUCAUUAUGUGACUUAAAUACAAGUUCUAAUGGGACUUCUGCUCUUUGUAAUGGCUUUCCUUUGGAAAAGAUGUGUAUUCAGGUCAAAGACCAGGAUCAGAAUUUUCAUGGUGAUUCUACAGAAAGUGACAUAACAAAUGGAGAAUGUGUGGAAGCAAGUGGUACUUCAGAACCUUCUAGUUCACUUUUAGUAGCAGAACAACUUAGGGAAAUAAGUCCUUUCAGUGCUUUGCCACAUAGUACAUUUCAACAUAUCCUCAUGUCAGAUGAAGAUGAUGUGAACUUGUGUUGGAAAAAAGUAGACUUGGGGGACUUGAAGGAUGUUAAUGGUUCACCUUUCAGUCAUGUGCCUUCAUUCAAGUUUCUUUCUAAUUCAUGGUAUAUGUCAAAGGAAGACAAAGCAGUCGAUACAUCAGAUUUAGAAGUUGCAGAAGAUCCGAUGGGUCUCCAAGGAAUUGAUCUGAUUACAGCAGCAUUACUGUUUUGUCUGGGAGACUCUCCAGGGGGGAGAGGUAUAUCUGAUAGCCGCAUGGCUGAUGUUUAUCAUGUUGACUUUGGGACACAGACUUUCUCACUUCCAUCAGCAAUAUUAGCUACAAAUACAAUGGUUGGAGAAAUAGCUUCGGCUUCAGCUUGUGAUCAUGCCAACCCACAGCUUUCCAAUCCCAGCCCUUUUCAGACACUUGGGCUGGACUUAGUUUUGGAAUGUGUUGCUAGGUACCAGCCUAAGCAGCGUUCAAUGUUUACCUUUGUAUGCGGACAGUUAUUUAGAAGAAAAGAAUUUUCUUCCCAUUUUAAGAACGUGCAUGGUGACAUUCAUGCUGGACUCAAUGGAUGGAUGGAACAGAGGUGUCCUUUAGCUUAUUAUGGUUGUACCUAUUCUCAGCGUAGAUUUUGCCCAUCAACACAAGGAGCAAAGAUCAUACAUGAUCGCCAUUUAAGGUCAUUUGGAGUUCAGCCAUGUGUAUCUACUGUAUUAGAAGAGCCUUCUAGAAACUGUGUGUUGGGAUUACGUAGUGACCAUCUCAGUAGUCUCCCUUUUGAGGUACUCCAACAUAUUGCAGGCUUCCUUGAUGGCUUCAGUUUAUGCCAGCUUGCAUGUGUAUCCCGGCUGAUGAGAGACGUUUGUGGCAGUUUACUUCAGUCUCGUGGAAUGGUAAUACUGCAGUGGGGGAAGAAGAAGUAUCCGGAAGGAAAUUCAUCAUGGCAGAUAAAAGAAAAGGUAUGGCGAUUCAGUACUGCAUUUUGUUCUGUUAAUGACUGGAAGUUUGCUGACAUCCUGAGCAUGGCUGACCACUUGAAGAAAUGCAGUUACAAUGUUAUAGAGAAACGGGAGGAAGCAAUCCCAUUGCCAUGUAUGUGCGUGACUCGAGAGCUUACAAAAGAAGGACGUUCCCUGCGCUCAGUUUUAAAACCCGUUCUUUAAAACUGUACCUUCACUUGCACAUACACGCAAGCACCUGGUAUCAGUUCUUUGUAAUAUGUGACACUUUAUUAAUGCAUUAAAGACUACAACUAGCUAAAUUUAUUGUCAUUAUGUAUAUACUGUUUUGCAGUGACAUAUAUUUUUAUAAUGUACUAUUAGUUAGAAAAAUGUUGCCUUAAUAUUUUAAAUGUGUGAAAUUGUUGGGGCAUGCUAGACAGGAUGAUCUUUUUCUGCAUAAUGUUAGUAUUAAUGGUGUUCACAUUUAAAUUCUGAAAUUUUUGCUUCUCAAACUAAAAAGAUCUUGACCAAAAAAAUUCUUUGUUUUUUAUGAAUUGAAGCCCAUGUUAUCAAAAAGCAAAAUUUUGAAUCACAUUUUUUGUUGCAUAUAUUUUUCACAUAAUACAUUCAGUUGAAACACUGCCAUAAGAUUAUUAUCAAAUUUUCCUGGUACUUUUAUAAUUAUUGAUCAUACAUGAAAGACAAUAUUCACAUAAAGGCACAAUAAUGACUUCAUGCCUUUUUUUUUUUUAUUUCCCUUUUUGGUUUUUCGAGACAGAGUUUCUCUGUAUAGCCCUGGCUGUCCUGGAACUCACUCUGUAGACCAGGCUGGCCUUGAACUCAGAAGUCAGCCUGCCUCUGCCUCCCAAAUGCUGGGAUUAAAGGCAUGCGCCACCAUCACCUGGCUGACUUCAUGUCUUUAAAACGACUCAUAAAGAUAUUUUAUCUUCUGUUCUUAAAACUCUUUUGCAAAAAAUGGUCAUAUGCAGUUCUUUUUUUCAUUAAAUACAUAUCUGAAGAGUCAUGACAUAAUGUAUUAUAUGACAGAUUAAAGUAAAAACAAAGCAAGCCUGUGAAUUUAACUUGAAAAUUUUCAUGGUAUUUCAUAUUUUCUAGGUAUCUAAUGUUUGAAAAGAAAAUAUACCUCAUUAUAAGUUUGAGUUUGGAAUAUUGUUUGAAUAAACUUCAAAUAUUCAGAA